AUGUCAGCCUUCUCGCAGCUCAACAUUCCCCAAGAGCUCCUACAGGGGCUUUCCAAGUACGCAACCCCAACCGGUAUAGUCGACUAUACCGUCCUCGCUAUCCUAGGCGGAGUCAGCGCAGGAUACCUGUCGCGCGGCCUGCUAUGGGACAAGCCAGACCCAUAUCACCACCUCUGGUUCGAAAGACCCCAGCUCAAGAAGGGCGGACAACUCGGCUCCGCAAACAGAGAGACUAGGAACAUCGCACAGAAGUUGGAAGAAACAGGGAAGAAUGUUGUUGUUUUCUGGGGAUCCCAGUCUGGCACCGCAGAGGGCUUUGCUCAUCGUCUUGCGCGAGAGAUCUCCAUUCGCUGGGGUCAAGAGGCUAUGACGGCUGAUCUGUCGGACUAUGAUCCUGUCACGAUUGGUGAGAUCCCCAAUGCUAAGCUGGCUAUCUUUGUUCUUUCGACAUAUGGAGAGGGUGAUCCCAGUGACAACACUGCCGAAUUUUGGAGCUGGAUCUCGAAGGCUAGUGACGUGUCGUUGGCGAAUUUGCGGUAUGCUGCUUUUGGUUUGGGUAAUACUAACUAUCAGUUCUAUAACCGUGUUGUCGAUGUUGUUGUUGAGGGUCUGGAGAAGUUUGGCGCCCAAGCUCUCAUGCCUGUUGGAAAGGCAAAUGAUGCUGAGGGUGCCACUGAGGAGGACUUUAUGUCUUGGAAGGAGAUUCUGUUGAAGAUCUUCAAAGAGAAGCUGGGCUUCCAAGAGGCAGAGGCUAAAUUCAUUCCGAGCCUGAAAGUCGAGGAAGAUGAAUCACUCGAACCAAUCGACCUGCAUCAUGGCGAGCCCAAUAACCGCAACGAGGCCCCCAAGGCCGCUGCUCAUUCCUCGGCCAUUCGUACACUAAGCAUCUCCGAGUCUAGAGAGCUCUUCACUGCAUCCGACAGAAACUGCCUCCACAUGGACAUCGACCUGAGUAGCCAACCGGAACUGAGCUACAAGACCGGAGACCACCUCGCCAUCUGGCCAGGCAACCCAGACAUCGAAGUCGAACGCCUCCUCGACGUCCUGGGCAUCUCAUCUCGUCGCAACACCCCUCUAAGCAUCAAAGCUCUAGACCCAGCAACAAAGAUUACAAUCCCAACCCCAACCAGCACCAUCGCCCUCUGCCGCUACUACCUCGAGAUCUGCGCCCCAGUAAACCGCGACAACGUCUGCGACCUCGGCCAAUUCGCCCCAACACCAGAAGCAAAAGCCUACCUCCUAAAUCUGGGCAAACACAAAAACACCUACACCACCUUCAUCAACCACACACACAUCAACCUAGGUCGCCUCCUACAUCUAGCAUGUCCCGAAAAACCUUGGUCUGACCUCCCCCUCUCCUACCUAGUCGAAACCCUCCCGCACAUAAAACCACGCUUCUACUCCAUCUCCUCAUCGAGCGUCGUCUCACCACGCAAACCAUCCAUCACAGCAAUUGUUUCCACAGCCCCCGUCCCAGAAAACCCCAACGAACUAAUCCACGGCGUCACAUCCAACUACCUCCUCGCCAUUUCCCAACAAGCCCGUUCCCUGCCCCACCCAGGAGGCAUCACAUACCACCUCAAUGGACCGGGCGAUGCACUCCAGGGCGGGAAGGUCUUUGCCCAUAUCCGUCGCAGCAAGUUCAAGUUACCCAUUACGGGCAAGACGCCGCUGGUGAUGGUUGCUGCGGGUACGGGUCUCGCGCCUUUCCGUGCGUUCCUCUCUGAGCGCUGCCAGGUUUUGAAAAUUGGGAAGGAGGUUGGACCGAUGAUUCUCUUCUUCGGAUGUCGGAAUCCGAAUGAGGAUUAUAUUUAUCGUGAGGAGUUGGAAGAGAUGCAGCUGGCUCUUGGGGAACGGUUGAGGAUUGCUACUGCGUUCUCUAGGCUUGAGGGGUCGCCAAGGCAGUAUGUUCAGGAUCGGGUUGCGGAGCUUGGAAAGGAUGUUGUGAAGCUUCUUGAUGAAGGGGGUAACUUUUAUGUUUGUGGAAGGGCUUGCAUGGCGAGGGAGGUUGAGAAGGCUGUUGGGGGGACUAUGCGCGCUGUUAAGGGGUGGAAUGAUAAUGAGGUUAAUAGCUGGAGCAAGGCUAUUAAGAAGAAGAAUAAGUGGCAGGAAGAUGUUUGGGGAUAG